GGCUGGGCGGCUGCUGCUGCAUCCAUCGCAAAAGAAAGCCACUCCACACUACAUCACUGCCUACCAAACAGAGGAGUGCAAGAGUUGGGAAGAACAUCACUGGCAAUGCACCUUACUUUCUGAUAUCUGUUACUAAAGAAAGCUCCCAGUUCCAUAAGAGACUCUAAUAGGAGUAUAUAACAACAAUACUCAGCUUAAGAAAGUAACAUUUGACAAAGCCAUGGCUACAGAUGAAAGGGACACUAAACAGAAUGUUCAGGCUGAGGUACUGGGUACUGAUGCUUCAGGCAAGAAAAGGGCAGGGAAAUUCCAGCCUUUCAAGAAGUUUUUUGGUAAAAGGAAAAAGAGAGACGCAACAUCAGACUGUGAGGAAGCCAAAUUGAAACCCAGCCACUCUUUCGGGAAUGUAUGCAAUGGCCUCUCUUCAGAUGAAGAAACAAACAAUGGUUUGAGGUCCUCCAACUAUACUAUGGGCACUCGAGCCUUUUCCCAUGACAGUAUUUUUAUACCUGAUGGGCAAGCAGAGAGUGAGCAGGCAGUCCAAGCAAUGUCACAGGACAAAAUCCUAGGCAAAGUCAAAACCCUUCAGCAACAGUUGUCCAAGACUAUUAAAUUUGGACAAACACCACAAAUGACAAUUUCUGAGAGGACAAUGGAGGAGGCAAAUGCUAGUUUAGAAGAGGACGUAUUACCCAGUAGCCCAAUGGAGAUUGAGCCUCAACAGGACACAGUGCUCUCGGACAGUGAUAAUAAAUUAAGUGACACUCCGGACUCAUUAAACCCUCUGAGUGUGCCUGGGAGAGGACAUGAAGUAGAGAAGAAGGUUACUCCAGUCAAAUCGUCUCGGUCAAAAAGACACAUUUCCUCUGGUGGCACAAUUGAAUCAAUCAAUCUUGAUGCGGUCCCCCAGGCAGUCGCUCGUCUUGACAACAGCGCGGCUAAGCACAAGCUCUCCAUAAGGCCAAAAAAACAGAGACUGUCAAGAAAACACAGAAGAUUGACAAAGGAGUCACAAAGCGUAACAGUGACAGAGUUUGAGCAAGAAAACCCAGAAACCCACGAGUACAGAGAGAGAUACCCAGAUGACAAUGGACGCAUUGGCACAGCUAAGCCAACCCAGAACAGAGAGGGGCAAAAGCAGCUUGAGUUAGCAGAUGAGAAAAGAAAGCAAGAAGAUCACAGGAGAAUGCUCGAGGCAAAAGAGAAAAGACAAAUUGCAGAAGCAGAGGGAAAAAAACAUCUGGAAGAACAAAGAUGCCAGGAAAUUGAAGAGAUGCAAAGGGAACAGGAGAGAAAGCGUUGUGAGGAAGAGAAAAGGCAGCAUCUUCUUGAGGAGGAGAAACAUUUUAAAAUAAAAGAGCAGAGGCACCAGGAGGAGAAGAAAAGACAACAAGAAGAACGGAGACAACAGGAACUGGAGGAGCAGAAAAGACUGGAAGAACGGAGACGACUGGAACUGGAGGAGCAGAAAAGACUGGAAGAAUGUAGACGACAGGAACUGAAGGAGCGGAAAAGACUGGAAGAACGGAGACGGCAGGAACUGGAGGAGCGGAAAAGACUGGAAGAAUUUAGACGGCAGGAACUGGAGGAGCAGAAAAGACUGGAAGAAUUUAGACGACAGGAACUGGAAGAACGGAGACGAGUGGAACUGGAGGAGCAGAAAAUAAAAGAACUGGAAGAACAAAGGUGUCAUGAGAUUGAAAAACAGCAUCAGGAGGAACAAAAAAGACAAGAAUUGGAAGAACAGAGACAAGAAUUUGAGAAAAGGCAUCUUCAGGCUGAACAGAAGCUGCAGCAGGAGGAAGAAGCUAAGAGACUGGAAGAACAAAGCCAGCAUCAGAAGGAAAAAAAGAAGAGACAAGAAGAACAAACUCUACAAAAACUGGAGAAGCAAAAGACACAGGAAGAACAAAGAAGACAUGAGCCAGCAGAACAAACGCACCUGGAGAGUGAAGAGAGAGAACAACAGGGGAAAUUUAAAAUAAGGCAAGAGGAAUCAAAUGAACAAGAACUGAAAGAACAGACAGAAAUACAUGUGGAUGGACAACAGCAUCUGGAAAAGCAAAAAGAACAAGAGCAAGCCAUAAGACAGCAACAGGUCAAAGAAGAAGCGAGUUCCGGGGAUGCUGGUAGGGAAUCCGUGGAGAAGCAGCUUCAAGAAGAAUCAAACCAACAAAAAACAAAACAAUCACAGAAAGGGAAAGAAACAGUGCAAGAAAAGCUAACACCAAAGCAGAAGAGAGAAGUUGAAGCUCAGGAGCAGAAAAUAGGUGAAGAACUAAGAUGGCAGGAAGUAGAUGAAAUGCAGGCUAUGCACAGACCAUUCACAUUUCAAGUGUCAUCGGGAGAGAAACAGAUCAUAUUUCAGAAAGUGAAUUUGAGCCCUGUUACUCCUGUCAAAGAGGAAGCACGACAUUCUACCCUCAAAGAAUCCAAGACCCACAAAUUUAGCAAAGGUUCUACUGCAUUCCCCUACUCUUUGUGUGUCCCACACACAGCUAUUUUGGUUACUGGAGCACAGCUUUGUGGCACUGCCGUAAACCUGAAUCAGAUCAAAGAUACAGCUUGUAAAUCUUUACUUGGUUUGACAGAAGAAAGAAAAAACCUGGAUAUUCCCCCACCAGAAAGCACCCAGAAAACUACUCUUGAUCCCAAAUCUAGCCGCAGUAAAAUGAAGUAUACACAGGAGACAUUGAACAACCAGGACAUAUUAGCAGAAUGGGCUUCUAUUAGAUCCAGAAUCCUAAAGAGUGCAGAAAACAGCAAGCUAAAUGAAAAAGACAGAGUAAGUGUCUGUAGAUACAGUGAUGACUGGACACCCAAAGGACGAGGUGCUUCCCAUGGCAAUUUAAGGAAAACCCUUUCUGCAAAUGCAAAAUUUUCCAUAACACCAGCAUGGCAGAAAUUUUCAGAAACCUCAAAUGCCAAUGCAGAUGCUGAGAGUGCAAGUGGUGCAGAAGGUACUGAACCAGAGAACACAAGAAAAAAGACAGAUUCAUCCAAUGAUGCAAAUGAUGAUGUGGCUGCUCACUAUGAGACUCCAGCUUGUAAAGAUAAUGCGACUGAAAUGGCUACAAAGAGUGAAACACACCUUAUAAUGGCAAACAACACAGAAGGCUAUAAGUUUGCCAAAGAUCUUCCAUCUUUCCUUGUUCCAAGCCUCUCUCAUUCUCCAGGAAAAGAACUGCCCCAAUCAGAAUCUCCAGCUACUUUGGAAAGUCAGCAGAACACUGGUACAAGAAAACUGGAUAAAACAGCACCACAUGAAGAAGAAAAUAUUUCUCCAUUUGGGAUAAAGUUAAGAAGGACAAACUACUCCUUGCGUUUCCACUAUGAUCAACAGGCGGAGCAAAAGAAAAAGAAAAGAUACAGUGCAGGAGAUAGUUUUGAUGGUGUACUUGCUCCUCUAGUUACAACAGAAAGUGGAAAAGAAACCAUUAAUACCGCUCUAAAAGACAAUAUAUCCCCUAGCCUAGAGAGAAGGGAUGCCACUGUUUUAAAAGACUCUUCAAAUAAUGUUUUGGAGAACUCAGAAACAACAGUUACACUGUUAUUCCCAUCAAUCAACAGCCAGAUUCCUUUACCUAGUCAUGAGAAACCUGUGUGUAAAUCGUCACUCCAACAGAAACCUGCAUUAGCUCCAAAGCCCACAAACCAGACCCCGCCAUCCUCUCCUCUCUCUAAAAUGAACAGAUCAAAUUUAGCUGACACGUUAGGUCAAAGGGCGGCUAAAUCUGAGUCAGACACCACGUGGAAAAAAGAAGACAGUAAAGUGAAUGUGGUGCACUCACCAGCACAGAAUGAGAACAAAAAUGAAGAGGAAGAAACCAGAGAAAAGAAGUCAUUUUUCCCAUCUAUCACCAUGCCAUGGAGAGAGAAAGCUGACAAAAAGCCUGAGCCACUGAAAAAAGAAAAGCCAGUUCUCCAGAGCAGGCAUUCUUUAGAUGGCUCCAAAUUGAUGGAAAAAGUUGAAUCUGCACAACCGCUGUGGAUUACAUUAGCACUACAAAAGCAAAAGGGAUUUCGUGAGCAGCAAGCUACCAGAGAGGAGAGGAGACAAGCCAGAGAGGCAAAGCAGGCUGAGAAGCUCGCUAAAGAUAAUGCUGCUGUAAGCAAUCAGUCAGAUAAUAAAGGCAGCAAUAUCAGCAAAACAAGUGUACUGCAGAAACCUACACCUCAGGAAGACGAGAAGAAAAUUGAGAUGACUGUGUCAAGACUAGAACGCAGAGAGCAGCUCAAAAAGUCCAAUACCCUUCCUACUUCUGUGACAGGACUUUUAGCAAUAGAGGGAAUGGAAAAGACAGAAAGAAGGCCCUUGUCCCAUGAGAGGAGGAGAGCUUCCCCCAUGGAGUCCUGGCCAAUGCCCGCUCUGGAGCAGUACCGUGGACAUUUCUUGUUCUGGCCACUUGCAUAUUGGCAGGACCGAUGCAAGGAUCUGCCGUAUGAGUUUGGCGGAGACCAAGAGAGCCUUGUUAAUAGGCAGGGCUACUCCAGAUGAAGCAGAGGAGUGUAAAAUGUCUAAUAGUUUAUGGUGUGAUUCGGUCAUCUUUUGUAAUGGUGGUUUUAAUGCAUCUGUCACGCUCUGAGCUGGCUCCUGGAAAAGCUUGAAGUCAUCUGCCAAUGGGGGGGGGAUA